AUGAUGUUAACAAUAUAUGGACUACCACCAUAUAUGAAAUAUUUCGACAUAAAAAAAAUAAUUAGAGAAGAAUGUAAUAUUUUUGAAUUCCUGCUUAGUAAUUUGGUGUACGAUGCAGAUGGCACGAAACAAGUACAGAUAUGCUUCGUUGACGAAGAUGAAGGCAACCUCGCCAUUAGAUAUCUGGAGGGUUACAGACUUGCUGGUUAUGUUCUUCGAAUUGUUCCUUUUGAAAAAGCUAACCAUGAAAAUGGACAGGAAGAUAAUGAUAAUGGCUAUAAUCAGAAUAAUAACCAGCCUGAAUCAGAUUAUGGCAACAGUUUUACAGAGCCUGUUCGAAAUAAUCAAAUACCUUGGUCUGUCAAUUACGAUAAUCCAGAACCACAUAACAAAAACCUUCGGAGUGACUUGAGCUGUGUACCAUCAGCUCAUAAUCUGCCGCAGCCUCAAACGGAAGAUGGAGAUACAGCACUUGUGCUUUCUGAUGCGGAGGUUAACCAAAAUACAAUUGGACCACCAGCUCAAGUCCAUAGAUAUUCACACAUGCCAUAUAGUAAACAGGUAACUAUAGUGAAUGAAACAACACAAUAUACUGGACACCUGUCUAAUGAACAUCAAGAACUUUACCAAAGUUACGACUACCACACCUCUCCAAAGCCUUGUUCCUCCAAAUCUCAACCUGCUUUGACCCAAAAUGAUAGGCACUCAUAUAAAGCCGCAUCGCACCGCAAUAAUGACAGCUAUAAAAAUUCAACUCCACAGUUAAAUACUUAUAAUAAUACAGCCCCCGUGUCUCCCAUGACCAAACCUCCGCUGUUUACAAAACCGGUGAAACGGAGCCUAAUUGAAAAGGCACUCCAUAACAAACCGCCUAUGAAAAUUGCUAAAAUGACAUCGGGGCCGAAUUCUGUGCCCAAUAACAAUGUGUGUAAAGCCAAAGGUCAGCCUAUGGUGAAAACCAAGGGCAUUGGUCACAAACCGAGUACACAACCAAGUAAAUCAACAGUCGGUACCGGUACCGACUCUCUUGUCUCGGCUCUUAUACAACCUACCCGUAACGCAAAUGCCGUUGGCGUUGGCGCCUGGGAAGUGGAAAGCUUUAAUGGUAAAGGCAAAAAAUCGAAAAAGUCGGUGCUUAUAGCUACCCGUCCCAUCGAAAAACCACUAGCUGCCGUCAAUAAAAAGAAGGCAAAAAAGAAAAACAGAAAGCAGCAUAUUAAGGCUCGUCUGCAGGCUGAAAUGGCUGCUUCUGUACUGCAGGAGAAAUCUCCUGGCGAGGUUCCAUUAUUAGCGAGGUCAUCUUGUGUUGAUUCUGGAGGGCUACCCAAGACUAGUGGUGCAAAGCAACCAUCAGUCGAAGGGUCGUGUUCCAGUAUCGGUACGAAGGGUCUUACCAAAAAACUGAAGACCGUAAAACGACUUGGUAAGAAGGAACGAGCUGCUAUGAAACAAUACUGGAAUUCUACAGUCACUUCGAACGAAAUACAUAAUUUGUCUAGUAGCCCCGACGACAGCCAGAAUGGAGGUAGAACCAUUGACCUUGAAAAAAUGAAGUCCUUUAGCACUCAGAAGGAUGAUCCCACUUCCGUCGCUGAACCUGGGCUACCUACGGUAAUUGAACCGGUAAUCGAGUUGGAGAAUACCCAGAGUUGUAGCACCUUAUCCGUCUCCGAGUGUAGGCCUCUUCCUAUCAAGGAUCCUAAGGUCACUGUUUCCAAUAAUCCAAACCAUCAUCGCACAACUUCCACCGCCGGAUCAAUGCCUUCAACCGUCAUCGAGCCUGUGGAAAUUGCGUCCGAGAACAUCCCGGAUCGCGGUAAUUUAGUCGACGUACAUGUAGGCGACGAUGCUACGGUCAUUUCAAAGAAAGCCAAUAUUUUGACCAUCGUCAAGUCUGAGGAAGACCAGAGUUGUGCUGCCACUUGUGCAACCGGUUACCACCCUGCUGUUGUCAUAGAGCUUGAUAAAGUUAAGCCCGAAAACACACAGGAUGAUGAUUCCAAUUCCGUCGCCAAUUCAUCCGUCAUAGAACCUGAAAUAACUCCUGAUAACAUUCAGAAUAGAUGCUUCACUUCUGUCGCCGAAUCACCUCCUGCUGUCAGAUCAACAUUUGAGGACGACCAGAAUCAUGGCACCAGUCCUGAUGUCGAGUUCGUAAAGAACAAUGUGGACGGCAAUAUAUCUUCAAAUCCCGGCCAACCAACCUCCAUACCAGUUAAAGAAUCGGAGGUUCUUGUAAAACUAGAUGGAGGUGUACAUCAGACUAUCGGCCUUAGGACUGAACACAAGAGUAGUAAUUUAAGAGAAAUCGAGCUGUAG